GCUUGCCAGCUCCUGCAGCACCCGGCACUCUGCAGACAUGGCCCACGGAGAUGCUUCCCUCCACAACGCGCAGCACCUCACCUCUGCCCCGCGGGCCGCCCUGCUCCUCUGCCUGGGCUUUGCCUCCUUCCACUCGACUUGCUGGGCAGAAGUCAGCAGCAGCAGCAACAACUCAACCUUGACCACCCACCACCCAGGUCCAGGGACCCUGGAACAGUGCCCCAAUGUCGACUUCUGCCCCCAGGCGGCCCGGUGCUGCCAUGCUGGAGUGGAUGAGUACGGCUGGAUCACGGCUGCGGUGGGCUGGAGCCUCUGGUUUCUCACCCUCAUCCUGCUCUGCGUGGACAAACUGACGAAGCUGACUCCAGAGGAGCCCAAGGACUCGCAAGCAUGAGAUGAGAGUCCCAGCCCUGAGAACGGCCUUUGCCAUCACUGUGUGGGUCGCAGAGGGCGGGAGGAGGGCAGCCACCAUUAUUCUAAAGCCUUUCACCUUGAA